ACACACAACCUUUGGACCCCCAACCACCCCCUUCAUAUUCAACAAUAUCUGCUGCUGCUCAAGAGAAAAUGGCUCGUGUUUUGGUUGGUGUAAAGCGUGUGAUCGACUAUGCCGUUAAGGUGCGCGUUAAGCCCGAAAAAAAUGGCGUUGUUACCCAAGGUGUUAAGCACUCAAUGAAUCCCUUCGACGAGAUUGCCGUCGAGGAGGCCGUCAAGCUCAAGGAGAAGAAGCUGGCCGGUGAGAUCAUUGCCGUGUCUGUGGGUCCAGCCCAAUCGCAGGAGGUCAUACGCACCGCCUUGGCUAUGGGCGCAGAUCGCGGUGUUCACGUUGAGGUGUCAGCAGCCGAAUACGAUCUGUUGCAGCCAGUGCAUGUGUCCAAAAUACUUGCCAAGCUGGCACUGGACGAGAAGGCGGAUCUGGUCAUACUGGGCAAGCAGGCUAUUGAUGACGAUGCCAACCAGACGGCUCAGAUGACUGCCGCGGUGCUGGACUGGCCUCAGGGCACAUUCUGCAACAAAGUUGAGAAGACGGAUGCGGGUCUGACGAUUGUUCGUGAAAUUGACGGCGGCCUGGAGACCAUCAAGACCAAAAUACCAGCCGUCCUCAGCGCUGAUUUACGCUUGAAUACGCCGCGCUAUGCCACGUUACCUAACAUCAUGAAAGCCAAGAAGAAGCCACUGAAGAAGGUGACACCCAAAGAUUUGGGUGUUGAUACCUCGCCACGCAUUGAGAUUGUCUCCGUUGAGGAUCCGCCAGUGCGUCAAGCGGGCGCUGCUGUUGCCGACGUAGAUGCUCUGGUGGCCAAGCUAAAGGCUGGUGGCCACAUCUAAGUCGACACCCAAUCAAAAUUGUGAGCAAAAUUCUACGUUCUAUAUCUUACUACUUUCUAUCAGAAACGUGCAUUUAUCUAGCCACUAAAGAUUGAUUCCCCAUGUGCGCGCCGAGUGUCCCAUAGUGCUUUAAGUGAAAUUAAAUGUCUGUUUUUGGAAUCUGUCGUGUCAAGCCUUAACGAAUAAAUUGAAGUGAAGCAACUA